AUGGCCCCCCUGCCGACUCUGCUGUUGGUACUGCUGUUCGCCACGGCUGGCCACGCCUCCUCGCUUCCUCGUGCAGGCUGCUCGGUGGACGUGAACAGAUCCAAGAUGCCCUCCCCACAGCCGCUGCUGCUGAAGCCCGGUGGCAGCAAAGACGUGCACGGCUUCGUCACGCCGGACUCCUUGGGGGUGAUCUCGCUCAGCCAGAACCAGCAGAUCAUCGUCGCGUGUCCCGGCAACAUCGUCCAGGCCACGAAACAGCCGCAAGCGACAGCCUCCUGUGUCUCCGGCUCCACUUUUUCCAUCAAUGGGAAGUCGUACAACUUCGCUGAUCUCGCAUGCAAGUCCAAGCCGAAGCCGUCGGAGCGGAUUCCGGCCCAAUCGUGCGGGAGCAGAGGACAGUACCAGGUGGUCCAGCUGGGCUUCCAGGUCGGCUCCGACUUCUACACGCUCAUCGACGCCUGCUUCGACAAUUGCUCCUACAGCACGGUGUACGACCACUUCACGAUGGUCGCCGAAAUAGGGGGCAAACAGAACGAUUCCAGCAGGCCCAAAUUGUUACAUGGAGUAUUAUUACAAUAG